AUGCCAUUUAUUCUUCUUCAUCCUUCUAAAUCUCUUUGCUCUCCCAGUUGCACAAUAAUACCACUUAAAGAUACCACUCUUCUCACCAACACCUUCACCAAGAAACUGCACACCAAGCACCAAAAGUUUCGUUCUUUUGCUAAAAUUACUCUUUCCACUCCCCGUGCUUCCAUAGUUUCUAAGAAAGACUCAAUUUUGGGUUAUCCCCACUUCACACUUUGCUCCAGGAGUGAUGGGUUUGAUGGCUUUUCCACUGAUGUGUCUCAAGAGGCUAUUGAUGAUGGAACCACCACUGAAGAACUUGAGAAGCUGGAGUUGCUGAACAAGCCUUCUCCUGUGCUUGUUACAGAAGAGCCUUCAUCUGAAGUUGAAGUGGACCAAGAAAAGCCCUCUGAACAGGAGGCUUUGGCACCUUUCUUGAAGUUUUUCAAAGGCAAAGAUUCUGGGGAGGAUGUUGAGGAAGAGGGUGCGGGGUUGGAGGUUUCUGAAGAAAAAAACGAUGUGGGAGUUGAGAAUGAAGAGGGAGAUAAGAGGGUUAGUGUUGAGUACUAUGACCCAAAACCUGGAGAUUUUGUGGUGGGUGUUGUUGUUUCAGGUAAUGAAAACAAGCUUGAUAUCAAUGUAGGGGCAGACUUACUAGGUACAAUGUUAACCAAGGAAGUGCUUCCCUUAUAUGGUAAGGAAAUGGAGAACUUGUUGUGUGAUGUGAGCAGGGAUGCUGAGGAUUUUAUGGUUCAGGGGAAGAUGGGAAUUGUGAAGAAUGAGGAGGCAAUAAGUGGAGUACAAGUGCCUGGAAGGCCUAUUGUGGAGAUUGGAACCAUUUUGUUUGCUGAGGUUUUAGGUAGGACACUUAGUGGCCGGCCAUUGCUUUCCACCAGAAGACUCUGUCGGCGGAUUUCCUGGCAUCGAGUGAGGCAGAUAAAACAUCUCAAUGAACCUAUAGAGGUUAGAAUUACCGAGUGGAAUACUGGGGGCCUGCUAACAAGGAUUGAGGGGUUGCGAGCUUUCCUACCCAAAGCUGAACUUGUAAAAAGAGCAUCUAGCUUUACAGAAUUGAAGGAGAAUGUGGGGCGCCGCAUGUAUGUACAAAUUACUCAGUUAGAUGAAACUAAAAACAAUUUAAUACUUAGUGAAAAGGAAGCUUGGGGAAAACUGUAUCUUCGUGAGGGAACACUUCUAGAUGGGACAGUGAAAAAGAUCCUUCCGUAUGGAGCCCAAAUUAAGCUAGGAAAAAGUAACAGAAGAUCUGAAAUUACUUCUGUGAGUGACAUACUAUCGGUGGAUGAGAAUGUCAAAGUUCUUGUUGUGAAGUCAAUGAGUCCUGAUAAAAUUUCUCUAAGCAUUGCUGACCUUGAAAGUGAACCUGGCCUUUUUCUAUCAAAUAAAGAGAGAGUAUAUAUGGAGGCUGAUAUGAUGGCAAAGAAAUACAAGCAAAAACUACCACCUUCUCUCAACACUCAACGAUUUGAACCCAUACCAACCAGUGCCGUACCUUUUGAAAAUGAAGCACUUUAUGCAAACUGGAAGUGGUUUAAGUUUGAAAAAUAA